GUGGAGUGGUAGUGAGGAUAGCGUCCACGCUCCAUUUUACACGAUGCACGCAGAUUAUAGAACUGAAGCGACAACACAUCGUAUCUUUUCGUACUAUGUACAUGUCUAAUAAUGCUAAAAUUAAUUUAUUUCAUAAUGUACAAGUUAAUAUGAUAAAUGUGACAGUUGUCGUUUCAGUCCUGUUUCUUCAUUAAACCCACGAUAUUAGUAUUGUAUAUCGUAUAACUGCGUGUAACAUGAACUUUGAUUGCGACAAUCUCCCCACCCUGAGCUCGGUCGCCAUAUUCAACACGAGUUGACAGCUUACGACGGGUUUCGUCUUCUCCUAAAACGAGGCUGCAGACGCCUGAACGCCACGUGGUGGGGAUGCGAGGCUUCACGUGAAAAAAAAACAAGCAAAACAGAAGAUAAAAGAUAGGUGUAUGUAGUAGUAGCAUCUGGUCACUUCUUUGUCACGCGGUGAUCAUUUUUGAAAGAUCUGAACAGUAAAAGAAAGGAUGGCAGACGUGGAAAUCGAGAUCGCUGGUGACAUGCAAAUUCCCCAACAGAAACAAAAAUCUGGCAGCGGGCUUGAAUUUCUACAAAUACCACAGUUGCCACUUAACAAUAUUGGAUACCCACAAGCUCAUGAAUGGAUUGAACAUCGGAAAGCUAAUAUCAGACCAUGGUCUUUAUUUCUCAAUACAAGUAAUUUUAGGCCUCCUCCAAGUUUACCAAGAUUAAGUAAAAGAGUUGUAAGAAAUAUUGAGUACUUCCAGAGCAACUACUUAUUCGUGUUCAUUGGAUUAGUUAUAUAUUGUUUGAUAACAUCACCACUUUUGCUGCUCGCUGUUGCAGCAUCUCUUGGAACAUGUUAUAAAGUUUCACAGCGCCAUGCUAAACAAGAACUUAUGAUAUUUAAUCAUAAACUAACAUUGGCUCAGGUAUACAGUUUAGUUGGCAUUUGCUCAUUACCAAUAUUUUAUCUAGUAGGAGCUGGUGCAGCACUUUUCUGGGUCCUUGGUGUAUCCUGGUUCCUGAUAACUUUACAUGCUGCUUUUUAUAACAUUGAUUCAGUCUUGUGCCCAGGAGAAGAUGAGCUCAAUUCCUUAGUUAUGCAAGAAGUCCCAAAUUCUAAAAUUGGCUUUAGUUUAUAUUUUCAAGAUGAAAUUCGAACAAUUGACUUUGUCCUUGUUUGGGAUGAAUACAAUACUGAAGCCCAAUCACAUCGUAGUAUGGAAUAUAGACAGGUGUUUGAAAAGAACUUGGAAAAAGAGGGUUUGGAAAUGGAGUAUGAGAAUGCAGAACCUAAUGGUCUCCAUUUUAUAAAGAUACAUGCACCAAGAGAAGUCUUAAGACGGUAUGCUGAAAUAUUAAAGCUUAGAUUACCAAUGAAGGAAUUAAGUAAUUUGAGAAUUGCUGAAAACCGUAGCAACACAUUGAUCAAUGAGGUCAAUUCCUUGUUCAAAAGAAUCAUGAGUAAAUAUUAUGUUGAUCAAAGAAUCUUCCCAAAACUAAAACACAACUUCACAGCGGUUUACAGCCGCGAUAAAGAAUAUUUAUUCGACAUAGAUGCACCUAACUUUUUCACUGCCGCAACGCGUGCUAGAAUAGUACAGUUUAUUUUAGAUAGAACCAGAUUUACAGAGUCCAUGAAUGAUGAUUUUGCAUUUGGAAUAGAAAGGCUGAUUUCAGGCAAGGCAUAUGUAGCCGCUUAUCCGUUACAUGAUGGAGACUUACAAUCACCAGAAUCUAUGAGAUAUCUUUUAUACACUGAAUGGGCUAGUUUGAGGAAGUGUCUUCAUUAUCAACCUUUAGAUUAUGUCAAAGAAUAUUUUGGUGUAAAAAUUGGACUUUACUUUGCUUGGCUUGGAUUUUACACACAUAUGCUGAUACCAGCCAGUAUUGUUGGUCUUCUUUGCUUCAUAUAUAGUUGUAUGACCUUGUAUUAUAAUGAACCAAGUGAGGAUGUUUGUAAUGGCAAUGGUACUAUCCUAAUGUGUCCUUUAUGCGACAAAUUGUGUAGUUAUUGGGACUUAAAAGAGACUUGUCUCCAUUCAAGAAUUACAUAUUUAUUUGACAACCCAUCUACCGUAUUUUUUUCGAUAUUUAUGUCAUUGUGGGCUACAUUAUUUUUGGAAUUAUGGAAAAGAUAUUCGGCUGAAAUAACACAUAGAUGGGACCUGACUGGUUUAGAUGCUCAAGAGGAACAUCCUCGACCGCAGUACUUAGCACGUUUAGCCCAUAUUAAAAAGAAGUCCCUUAAUAUUAUUACAAAUACUGAAGAACCAAAGGUGCCAUUUUGGAAAAUGAGAGUACCAGCAACGAUCCUUAGUUUUUCAGUUGUUUUAUUGUUGAUUGCAAUAGCGAUGGCCGCUGUGUUGGGAGUUGUUCUAUACAGAAUGUCUGUGUUAACUGCGUUAAGUGUUUAUGGACAACCUAUGGUAACUAGUUAUGCAAUACUCUUUACAACAGCUACUGCAGCUAGUAUCAAUUUAUGUUGCAUUAUUGUCUUCAAUUGGGUCUACGUUUGGUUGGCCGAGUAUUUAACAGAGAUCGAAUUGCUUCGUACACAAACUGAAUUUGACGAUAGUUUAACGUUAAAAAUAUAUCUACUUGAAUUCGUAAAUUAUUACGCUUCCAUAUUUUAUAUAGCAUUUUUCAAAGGAAAGUUUGUUGGAUAUCCAGGUGGUUACAAUCGAUUUUUUGAUUAUCGACAAGAAGAAUGUGGUCCUGGUGGUUGUCUUAUGGAACUAUGUAUACAAUUAAGUAUUAUUAUGAUUGGCAAACAAGCAAUGAACACGAUAUUAGAAAUGCUAUAUCCGUUAUUUUUCAAAUGGUUAAACACAUUGAAAGUACAUGUUGGAAUGAGUAUGAUGAAUGGCGAAAGAAAAAAUAAUUCUAGAAAAUAUCUCCAGUGGAUCAAAGAUUACAAAUUAGUAGAAUGGGGUCCAAGAAGUUUAUUUCCAGAAUAUUUGGAAAUGGUAUUACAAUAUGGAUUUGUUACCAUUUUCGUUGCUGCAUUUCCAUUAGCACCAUUCUUUGCAUUAUUGAAUAACGUUUUUGAAAUGCGUCUUGAUGCAAAAAAAUUGUUAAUAAUGUACAGAAGACCGGUCGGACAGCGUGUUAUAGAUAUAGGUGUAUGGUAUCGUAUUCUCGAUUUCAUUUCCAAGCUCGCGGUUAUAACUAAUGCAUUCAUUAUAGCUUUUACAUCGAAUUUUAUACCAAGAUUAGUAUAUCGAAUUACUGUUUCCGAUAAUUAUUCGUUAGAAGGUUUCUUAGACCAUUCGCUGUCAAAGUUCAACACAAGUGAACUAAGGAAUGGGACGGCGCCGAAUUCCUUAUCUGCUAAUGAACAAAUAGAUAUAUGCAGAUAUCCAGAUUACAGAGAACCACCAAGCUCUCCAAAUAAAUAUCAAUACACAAUUAUGUUCUGGCACAUAUUAGCAGCUAGAUUAGCUUUCAUUGUCGUUUUCGAGAAUGUCGUUGCUCUCGUAAUGAUACUUAUACGAUGGUGCAUUCCUGAUAUGAAUCCGAAAUUACGCGACAGAAUUCGACGCGAAGCGUAUAUAACUAAUGAAACAAUUAUUCGACAAGAAGCACAACGUGCGUGCGGAAUAUCUGAUGAAGUAAACGCAAAUGGCAAUCGCUUGAACCGAGUAAUGAGAAACAGUUUAUCAAAUUCUGAAUUUGAUUUGGAAGUUCAUGGAAGUCCUGUACCUUCUACUAAUACAAAUACAAGAGUUGGUCCAGCUGCAUUAUGAUGACGACAAUAAUAUAUGUUACUACUGCCGUACUAGUCGUAAUAACACGUAUUAAAUUAAUAAAAGUUAAAUCAGU